AUGUCGGUCCCGGGUCUCCAACUCUCGGAACUCCCCAUCGGCCAGCCAUUCUCAAACUUCACGGCACAAGACUCCACGCCAGCGGAACCGCUCGCGGAGAAGACGUACGAGAUAGCCAAGUUACGGGAGUGGCGGUUCGAGGUUGCAUUUGGCGCUACUGUUGAAGUGAAGGUAUCCAUCGCCCCCGCCCUAGGAUGAGAAGAAGGGAGGAGGAGCUGAUGAGAAGCCUAGCUCCUAAAAGGGAGCGCCGAAAUCUUCGGCACUGAGCUCCCAAUCGGCCACAAAUUCACCUUCACGGGGACAAAAUCCGCGAUCUUCACUUGGCACGGCUGUACCCUUGAGGUCCGCGGUAGCCCUAGCGUUGAGUACACUAGCGAGGAAACGCCCAUGACUGCAUACACUAAUCUCCACUUCGCCCUGGAGAAGCAGCGCGGGAUGGCGAGUGAGUCACCGACGAUGCAGGGGCCGAGGGUGAUGAUAAUUGGGCCGGAGAACGCGGGGAAGACUUCGCUCGUCAAGAUCUUGACGGCGUACGCCGUUAGACAGGGGCAGAAACCGGCUGUUGUGAAUCUGGACCCAAAGGAAGGGGUGUUGAGUCUGCCGGGAACACUGAGCGCCACGAGCUUUAGCACGAUAAUGGACGUCGAGGAGGGGUUCGGCAGCAGUCCUACCAGCGGACCGAGUCCUGUGCCUGUGAAGUUGCCAUUGGUGUAUUACUACGGCCUGGAGACACCAGAGGGGAAUACAAAGUUAUAUAGAGCACUAGUGUCAAGAAUGGCGGUAGCCGUAUCCUCAAGACUUUCAGAAGAUGACCAAAGUACCCCUCCCCCCUCGCCCCCUUCCACGAACGAAGUUAACACAAGAACGCCCCAAGAUCGUUCCUCGGGCAUAAUAAUCGACACCCCCGGCACCAUCAGCCAAACGCCCACCGGCUACGAUCUCCUACACCACGCCAUCUCCGAAUUCUCUGUUACAACCCUGGUAGUCCUCGGCAGCGAGCGGCUGUACAGCGACAUGCUCCGACGCUUCGAAGACCGCCCAAACCACCAACACCAUCCCCCAAUCUCUAUAAUCAAGCUCAGCAAGUCCGGCGGCUGUGUCGACCGCGACGACGCCUUCCUCCGUGCUUCCCGCGAGCGUUCCAUCCGCGAGUACUUCUUCGGCGAGCCGAAGAAGCGCACGCUAAGCCCAUACACCAUGACCGUCGGCUUUGACGAUCUGAACAUCUGGCGAGUGGGCGAGGCGAGCACGCUCAACGCUAGCCUGCUGCCCAUCGGCCAUGACGACGACGAAGAGGGCGGGGGCGGGGGUGGGGGGCAGGCAUUGCUGGCCCAGGCAGAGUGCUCGAUGCUAUUACAGCAUUCGGUCGCUGCGGUUCUGCACGCGGAGGUCGGAGAUGGGGUGCAUAUUUUGGCGGAGAGCUCAGUGAUGGGGUUUGUCUAUAUGUGGGUUUUCUUCUCCUCUUUUCUUUCUUCUCCUCUCUCUUCUAUUUAUAUUUUCCCUGGUGGCCGCGGGGUUGUUGGGUAUACUGACCACGAUGGUUGAGCCGAGCAGUGCGUCCGUCGAUGAGCAAAAGCGAUAUAUGAAAAUCCUCGCACCGAUGCCAGGAAGACUGCCACCAAAGCCAUUAGUUGUCUCGUCUUUCCCGGAACCCACUUUUAGUCUCGUUGGAUGA